CCGGGCAGGCGCCAGCGGCCGCAGCAGAGCAGCUGGAGGGAGCGAGGCUGCAGCGGGGCCGCCGGGCGCAGCAUGACUGCCAUCGGCGUGCAGGCCCAGAGGCCUUUGGGCCAAAGGCAGCCCCGCCGGUCCUUCUUUGAAUCCUUCAUCCGGACCCUCAUCAUCACAUGUGUGGCCCUGACUGUGGUCCUGUCCUCGGUCUCCAUUUGUGACGGGCACUGGCUUCUAGCUGAGGACCACGUCUUUGGGCUCUGGCACUUCUGCAUCACCACCAACCCGAGUGCACCAAUCUGCUUCAGAGACCUGGGCCAGGCCCACGUGCCUGGGUUGGCCGUGGGCAUGGGCCUGGUGCGCAGCGUGGGCGCCUUGGCCGUGGUGGCCGCCAUUUUUGGCCUGGAGCUCCUCAUGGUGUCCCAGGUGUGUGAGGACAAACACUCACGGCGCAAGUGGGUCCUGGGUUCCAUCCUCCUCCUGGUCUCUUUCGUCCUCUCCUCCGGGGGGCUCCUGGGUUUUGUGAUCCUCCUCAGGAACCAAGUCACACUUAUCGGCUUCACCCUGAUGUUUUGGUGCGAAUUCACUGCCUCCUUCCUCUUCUUCCUGAACGCCAUCAGCGGCCUUCACAUCAACAGCAUCACCCAUCCCUGGGAACGACCAUGGAAAUUUUAGCCCCCUCCAGGGACAUCAGAUUCUACAAGAAAGUGUGGUCAAGAUGGGGCUUUUCCAACAUGUGGCCUCUGGUGGGGCUGAGGUGGGACAAGUACCUUGAAACGGCUGCCUCUUUGCCAGUGACUUGUGGGUGGCCAGCCAGAAAUGGCCGGGGGACCUCUGCAGCUGAUGUGCAGGACCAGAGGCCAGGAGGGUGCCUCAGGGCCACCAGCUGCACAGACCUAGCCAGAUAUUGAUUUUAGAAGAAGAAAAAAACAUUUUAAAGCUCCUUCUUGAAUUUUAUUCCCUGGACUGGAACAGAGUUGGAAGCAGCGGCGUUAACUGGUGCCCGAUCUAGCUGCACAGCCAAGGAUAGUUCACGCCUGUUUCACUGACACGUGCUGGGUUAGGGGCUGCAGAAUCCGUGGGGCUCCCAGGGUCAUUAAGAAUGGAUCGUUCUUCCAGCGAAGGGUCCAAUCAGUUCCUAGGACUUUCUUCCACCAGCUCAAAGGGCCUUUGUAUGCGUGUCCCUGGCUUUAGCUUUGGUCAUGCCAAAGAGGCAGAGUUCAAGAUUCCCUCAGAACGCCCUGCACACUGUAGGUUUUCAAACCAUUUGACUCGGUUUGCCUCCCUGCCCUUUGUUUGAACCUUUCAAACCCUGGAUAACCCCAGCUUCUAGCAGCUGGCUGUCCCCUCUGGGAGCUCUGCCUUUCAGAACCCUACCUUAAGGUGGGUUUCUUUCUGAGAAGAGUUCUUGAGCAAGCCCUCCCAGGAGGACCCACCUGACUGCUAAUACACAGCCCUCCUCAAGGCCCGUGUGUGCACGUGCCUGUCUUCUGUGUGGGCCAGACAGCCUUAGGGCACCAUUUUUAAUCCCAGAACACAUUUCACAGAGCAGGUAUCUAGAUCUGCUGGACUCUGCAGGAGGUGAGGGGGAGCAGUGAGAGCUUGGGUAAUGAUUAACAUCCAUGCUGGGGAUGCAUGGAGGUGAAGGGGGCCAGGAACCAGUGGAGAUUUCCAUCCUUGCCAGCACAUCUGUACUUCUGUUCAUUAAAGUGCUCCCUUUCUAGUCCUUUUUCUGCCCAGAA